AAGUCGCACGAUAUGAUAUCAUUUCUACAUUUUAUUAUUCUUCUUUUCUCCAAGUUACAUCAUUAUAAACUGCUACCAAUUGCAAUUUUAAAAUAUUUCGUGUGUGUCAUUGCAUUCAAUGUUAUACAAAAUUCACACUGCCUUGUUUAAAUGAUCGAGGACGAAGCAGAUUAGCUCACUUUGAAUAUAUAUGCAUGUAAAAAUAGCCGCCACCUAGUCGACAAAUAUUGGUAUAAUUAUGUAGAAUCAGUGUAUAAUUUAUGCAUAUUGGAUAGGAAAAAUAAAUAAUUUUCAAGUGGAUAGAUCUUAAUUCAUUUGGCUAUACAUUAGAAUUGUCAAAGGACCAUAGCCAACAUGAUAGUAUUUUUUUGGGAAAUCGUGCCUCGUGCAUCUUGUACUUAACUCUAUAUAUAGUGAGGAUGUAUAUGUACCCCAAAGCGUAUAUAGAACAUCCUAUUACAUACAAUAUUUGUUUUCAAUUAUCAUACAAACUUGGAAACAUGACUUUGGUUAUGCUCAGGAAUCUCUUGUUCUCCCCUCUUCGUGGUUUAAUCCACAAAGAUUUUCAUGAGAUCCUUGACAAAAUGACUCUCAACGACAAAAUUUCGUUUCUGAUAGUUCAUGUCAUUGAUAAGCAUAACUUAUGGCACCGGCUACCGGUGUUUUUUGGGCUAGUUUAUCUUGGACUUCGCCGGCAUCUUAAUCAGGAAUAUAAUUUGAUCAACGUGGGUAGAACACCUACCGGCGUCCGAUCAAAUCCAGAGGAUUACCCUUAUAGAACUGCUGAUGGAAAAUACAAUGACCCUUUCAAUGAAGGAGCAGGCAGUGAAUUUUCUUUCUUUGGCAGGAAUAUGAUGCCUGUUGAUCAACAUGACAAGUUAAAGAAUCCAGAUCCAAUGGUAGUGGCAACAAAGUUGCUAGCACGCAGAAAUUUUUUGGACACAGGGAAACAAUUCAACAUGAUAGCAGCCUCUUGGAUACAAUUUAUGAUUCAUGAUUGGAUCGACCACUUGGAAGACACUCAGCAGAUUGAGCUUACGGCACCUGAAGAAGUUGCAAGUCAGUGCCCUCUCAAGUCCUUUAAGUUUUACAAAUCAAAGGAAACUCCUACGGGGUUUUAUGAAAUUCAAACCGGCCACUUGAACAGACGUACCCCUUGGUGGGAUGGAAGUGCUGUUUAUGGGAGCAACGCGGAGGUUCUGAAGAAGGUAAGAACAUAUAAAGACGGAAAGUUGAAACUAUCAGCAGAUGGGCUACUCGAACAAGAUGAAAAUGGAAAAAUUAUCUCUGGUGAUGUUCGUAACACUUGGGCUGGACUUUUAGCGCUGCAGGCGCUCUUUGUUCAAGAGCAUAAUCUUGUUUGUGAUGUCUUGAAGAAGGAAUAUCCAGAAUUGGAGGAUGAGGACUUGUAUCGUCAUGCAAGACUGGUGACUUCUGCUGUCAUUGCAAAAGUUCACACUAUAGAUUGGACAGUCGAGCUUCUAAAAACGGACACCUUGCUCGCAGCAAUGCGCACCAACUGGUAUGGAUUGCUAGGGAAGAAGAUUAAAGAUACUUUUGGGCACAUUGGAGGUGGUGGCGUUUUGGGUGGUUUAGUGGGAAUGAAAAAGCCUCAAAAUCAUGGAGUGCCUUAUUCUUUGACAGAGGAAUUUGUGAGCGUCUACCGAAUGCAUCAACUUUUACCUGACACUCUUCAGUUGAGAAAUAUAGAUGCAACACCUGGACCAAACAAAUCUCUCCCUUUAACAAAUGAAAUUCCAAUGAAAGAUUUAAUUGGAGGCAAAGGAGAGGAGAAUCUAUCAAGAAUAGGAUUUACUAAGCAAAUGGUUUCAAUGGGUCAUCAAGCGUGUGGAGCUCUUGAGCUUUGGAAUUAUCCAAUAUGGAUGAGGAAUCUUAUUCCGGAAGAUGUCGAUGGAACUGACAGGUCAGAUCAUGUUGACCUUGCGGCUCUAGAAAUUUAUAGGGACAGAGAAAGGAGUGUUGCUAGGUACAACGAAUUUCGAAGGAGAAUGUUGCAAAUUCCCAUCUCCAAAUGGGAAGAUUUGACUGAUGAUGAAGAAGCCAUCAAAACUCUUCAUGAAGUAUAUGGUAAUGAUGUAGAAGCAUUGGAUUUGUUAGUUGGAAUGGCAGCAGAAAAAAAGAUUAAGGGAUUUGCUAUUUCUGAAACUGCCUUUGUCAUAUUCCUCCUUAUGGCAUCAAGGAGGCUAGAGGCAGACAGAUUUUUCACUAGCAACUACAACGAGGAGACAUACACCAAAAGGGGAUUGAAAUGGGUGAAUACAACUGAAACCUUGAAAGAUGUGCUAGAUCGUCAUUACCCAGAAAUGACUAAGAAAUGGAUGAAUUCCACUAGUGCAUUCUCAGUGUGGGAUUCUUCUUCAGAAACUCACAAUCCUAUCCCACUCUACUUUCGUGUUCCUCAGCAUUAAACCCCUAAUCAUAUACUUAUCAAAGGCAAUUGGUACACUAAAACUUUCGAUACGUGCGAGGUUAGUGAAAAGGUCGGACCCCUGAUUUAUAUACUCAUCGAAUUUGAAAUAUGAAAAUUUGUGUCUCACUAUUAAUGUUACCUACAAGUUUGUAUUUAAGGUUCCUUAUUCCGUUACUGAGUCAGUUUCAGUUUGUAAUAUUAAUGAUGUUCAUUUGUAUCUAUUAUUUUUUAAUAAGAUAACUGUAUUUUAAUGUUA